AUGUCAAAAUUAAAAGAAAUUCAAAGACAAUCAACUGUAUCAUGGUCUCCAAUUGCAGACUAUCCAGAUUAUAUGGCAGUUGGUACAGUUGCAGGUACAAUUAGUGCAGAUUUUGAUACAACAUCAAAAUUAGAAAUUUAUUCAUUAGAUAUCACCAAUAAUGAAAGUAAACAAAUGGCUCUCAAAGGUGUAACAUCAGCCAACACUAGAUUUAAUAAGGUAGUUUGGGGUCAAUCAAGCUCUAAUUUCCCAAAUGGUAUCAUUGCUGGUGCAAUGGAUAAUGGUAAUAUUAAUCUUUAUAACCCAACAAAAAUUUUAGAAAAUUCUGAUGAUGCCCUUAUUGGUAUCGGUCAAAAGCAUACUGGUCCAGUUCAAUCUAUCGAUUUCAAUUGUCAAAACCCAAAUUUAUUAGCAUCUGGUGGUUCUGAUUCUGAAGUUUAUAUUUGGGAUUUAAAUGAUGCCACACAACCAUCAGCUCAUACUCCAGGUUCAAAAUCACAACAAUCAAGUGAUAUUACAUGUGUUGCAUGGAAUAAAAAAGUACCACAUAUUUUAGGUUCAUCAAGUUAUAAUGGUUAUAUUGUUAUUAGCGAUUUAAAAUCUAAAAAAACUUUAAUGACAUUCAAUGAUCGUAAUAGAAGAUGUAAAUAUAGAACUAUUGUUUGGCAUCCAAAUGAAGCAACACAAAUUGUUGCUGCUUCUGAAGAUGAUGAUUAUCCAAUUGUUCAAUCUUGGGAUCUCCGUAAUACAUCAACACCAUUUAAAUCAUUUGAAGGUCAUAAGAAAGGUGUUUGGGGUCUUUCAUGGUCACCAAACGAUCCAGCUUUAUUAUUAAGUUGUGGUAAAGAUAAUAGAACUAUUUGUUGGAACUAUGAUCGUCAAGAAGUACUUUGCGAUAUUGAUCAUCAAUCAAACUCAAAUGGUAAUGAAUGGAACUUCGAAGUUCAAUGGUCACCACGUGUUCCAGCCCUUUUAGCCACCAGUUCAUUUGUUGGCAAAGUUAAUGUUUAUUCACUUCAAGAUGUUAAUGAAAAAAAUGUUGCACCACAAAUAAACUCAUUGGGUCUUCAAGAACCAACCACCCAACCAACCUAUAAACAUACUCCAAACUGGUUAUUAAGACCAUGCGGUGCCUCUUUUGGUUUUGGUGGUAAACUUGCAGUUUUUGGUAAACCAAGUAAAAAACUUGGUGCCUCCUCGCCACAAACUUCACCACAAGCCUCAGUCGAACGUCAAUCACGUAUUGUUCAUAUCUCUCAUGUUACCACCGAAAAGGAAAUUGUCAAAUCAUCCGAAGAGCUCGAAAGAGUCAUUAGCACUGGUCAAUACGAACAAUAUUGCGAAGAAAAGAUCCAACAAUCUACAAAUGAAGAAGAAAAAUCAAUUUGGAGUUUCCUUAAAGUUAAAUUUGCUCAAGAUGAUCGUUUCAAAAUUUUAGACUAUUUAGGUUACGACAUUGAAACUAUUAAAAAAGAAUUAUCUCAAUUUUUAGGUACCCUUCCAGAAUUACCAAUCGAAAAGAAAGAACCAACCUCAACCACAACUACCACAACCGAAGGUAGCACUCCAGAUGAAAGUAAUGAUAACUCUGGCGAUCAAUCUUCACUCUUCCCAAAUACUGGUGAUGACGACUUUGCCAAAAAUAUUGCUAAUGGUUUAACCCUAAAUGGUGAUGAUAGUAGCAGUGUCACCAGCACCGAAUCUAAAACCCCAAUUGAAUUCCCAGUUGACGAAAAAGAACAAAUGAUUACAAAAGCCUUAUUAGUCGGUGAUCACCAAGCUGCAGUUGAUUGUUGUCUUCGUUUAGGUAGAUACUCUGAUGCUUUAAUUUUAGCUCAUUCAGCAGGCCAAGAAAUUUGGAAAAAGACUCAAGAAGCAUACUUUGAAAUUGUUAAAAGUCCAUUUGGUAGAGUUGUAUCAUGUAUCGUUAAACGUGAUUUCAACCGUUUGGUUCGUACUGCUGAUUUAAGUGAUUGGAAAGCUUCACUUGCCAUCCUUUGUACCUAUGCUGCUCCAAGUGAUUUUAAAAAUCUCUCUGGUAUUUUAGGUGAUCGUUUAAUAAACGAAACUAAGGAUACCAAAUCUGCUAUCCUUUGUUACAUUUGCGCUGGUGACAUUGAUAAAACUGUUAACAUUUGGACUCAUCGUUCAAAUACCAACGAAAGCAAAGAAACCAUUGAAGAAUCACAUCAAGAUCUUCAAAACCUUAUCGAAAAAGUUUCAAUCUUUAGAAGUGCCUGUGGUAAUAACAACUCCUCAUUAAAUGUUGUUUUAUCAAUGAAAUAUGCCAAAUAUGCUGAAAUUCUUGCUUCACAAGGUAAUCUUUCUGGUUCACUUAGAUAUUUAUCACACAUCAAUAAUCCAGAAUGCCAACAAGCUUGUGGUGUAUUAUAUGAUAGAGUUUAUCGUGCCACAAGCAAUCAUCAAGGUAUUCGUCCACCACCAUUCCCAUUCCAAUUAUGUGAAGUUCGUCCAUCAAACAAACCACAACAACCACAACAACAACCACAACAACAACAACCACAACAACAAGAAUUAUUCGGCCAAUUCAAUUCAAACGCCAAGAGGGCUCCAAAUAUGCAACCAUUAUUUACCAAUCAACAACAACAACAACCACCACAUAUGAUGCCAAUGAAUCAACAACAACAACAAAUACCAUCACAACCACAACCAUCACUAUUUAAAACAAUGGGUAACCAACCACCAAUGAUGAUGAACCAAGGGCCAACAACCAACUUUAACCAACCACCAACCAACUUUAACCAACCACCACCAAUGAUGAUGAACCAAGGUCCACCACCAACAGGCGGUUUCAAUCAACCACCACAAAACUUAUCAAAACCUCCAAGUUUUAAUCAACCACCACCAAUGAUGAACCAAGGUCCACCACCAACCAACUUUAACCAACCACCACCAAUGAUGAUGAACCAAGGUCCACCACCAACUGGUGGCUUCAAUCAACCACCACCAAUGAUCAAUCAAGGUCCACCACCAACAAAUAACUUUAAUCAACCACCACCAAUGAUGAACCAAGGUCCACCAACAAAUAUCUUUAACCAACCACCACCAUCAAACCAAAUUUCACCACCACCUCAAAUGAAUCAAGGUCCACCAAUGAUCCCAUCACCAAUGGGUAAUACCAAUCAACCACCAAUGAUGCCAAUGAUUCCAAAUCCAACACAACCACCACAACAACUUUCACCACCACCAAUCAUGUCAAGCAAUGCUACACCAUCAAGCGUAAGAUCACCAAUAUUAGAGAAAUCAAAUGCACCAGGUUCACCAAACGAAUUUAGUGUAGCACCAAAACCAAAUGUUCAUAAUAAAACACCAUCCAUUUCAGCAGAAGGUUCUCCAGUCCAAGAACCAACCACCGAAGAAAUUAACUCUUUCAUUGAAAGACUCACUCAAUCAAUACAAUCAUUAAAUGGUAAAUCUGAUAGUAAAGUUUGGGAUGAUGUUAACAAGAGAUGUCAAACUCUUAUUAACAAAGUUUCUAAAAAGGAUAUUUCUGGUGGUGCAUUCCGUGCUUUAGAACAUAUCUUAUCCUCAAUUGUCGAAAGAGAUUUCAAGAAAGCUUCAGAUACUUAUAUACAAAUUACCUCAACUGGUUAUUGGGCUGAAAUUGGUUCACAACCAAUGGUUGGUCUUAAGCGUUUAAUUGAUCUUGGUUUAAAACAAAAUUAA